AUGAUUCGUCAUAAGAUGAACCAAACAAGAAAACCCCUUGGCAUGAUUGGACUAAGCGGCCUUGGUCACAUAUCUAUGAAGUUUGGAAAGGCUCUUGGACCGAAUGUCACGAGUUUUCAGCAUAAGCAUUUAAAAGAAGGAAGAAGCCUUGAAUCAACUUGGAGUAGAAGAAUUUGUAGUCUCAUCCGACAUGGAGCAAAUGAAGACACGGCAUCGAGUGAGCAUCCAUUUGAUCCUUACAUUGCAACUUUGAAGACUACUAGAGUCCUAAUCUUGGUGGGCGCUCUAAGUGAAAUCAAGCUCGAUCCUCUAAGGCUUCUUCUUGGUAUGAUAACCAUUUUUGAAAGUACAACAAGUGGUACAAAGUAUACACAAGAAAUGCUUGGAUUUUUACGGCAUUCACAAAAUCUAACCUAA